GGGAGUCUCCGGAGUCGGCCACAACAAGAAAAAAAAUAGUUACUUAGGUGCAGGCCGGGUCUUAAGGAUACAAGUGUUAUUUUGUUAAUUCUGGUUAAUCUACAUGCGUUAUUCGUGCAACAAUUUAUCAUGGACCACAAGGCUGAACAGCAUGACGAGAUCGAGGCACUGGACUCCAUUUAUUCAGGAGAAUUACAGAUUCUAGAAACCGAGCCCCACUACAAAUUCAUCCUGCCCAUAAAAUCCGAAGAAUACGAAUCGGAUAGUGAGGAUGGUUUAGCUUGCCAGCUAGAGUUCACCUACACCCCGAAAUAUCCGGAGGAACCCUUGCUAAUAAAAAUUGAAAACCCAGAGAAUUUUGAAAGCUUCAAUGAACAACAGUUGAUUGAUCAUUUGAUGGAGCAGAUGCAUGAGAAUCUAGGGAUGGUCAUGGUAUUCACGUUGGUGAGUGCAGCCCAGGAGUGGCUUAAUGUCCAGUGGGACAACAUCAAACUCCAGAGGACAGAAAAGGCUGCCAGGAAGUUGAUUGAGGAAGAGGAAGCAGAGAGGAAACGAUUUGAAGGCACGAGAGUAACAGUCGAAACAUUCAUGAAUUGGAAGAAGAAGUUUGACGAGGAAAUGGGUCACACGAGACGUCGAGAGCUGGCUCUUCUCCAGGGAAAGAAAUUAACUGGACGAGAGCUCUUCAUGACUGACAAUACCCUGAAUCAAUCUGACCUCAAAUUCUUGGACGAUGGGGAUGCCGUGAAAGUUGACGAGAGUCUCUUCCAAAAUCUCGAUGACCUCGAUCUCGACGACAACGAUGACGACCCCGACUAUGAUCCGCUAAAAGACCUGGGAGACAGCAAUUAAAUAACAAAUAAGGGGUCUAGUGGGAAAAUUCUAGACCUGUUUGUCUGUUAUCUAGAUAUUCUCAUUUGUAAUAUAAUGAUCUACCCUUGUAUGUUUUUAUAGCGAAUCCUCUAUAAUUAUGUAAAUAUCGAAAUUCUUUGUGUGUUGCAUUUUUAUCUGUUCGCCAAAUAAAAAUCUUAUUCAUAAA